AUGGAAAUAUCAAUAGUCAGUGUGGGAGCUGCGUUCCUGGUUGUACUGCUGUUCAUGGUGCUGAAUUGGAUUUCUGGUCAGAAACACAAAGAUGUUCAGGAAAAUCAUAAGGGAAGUAAGUGUGUAGGAGAUGAUUCUAGAUUUCUGGACCAGUUUCUUCCCUGCUCCUCAUCUCUUUCCCUCCCGGGCCCUCCCGGCCACUUUCUCAUUGGUAAUAUGAUGGAGCUGAAACAUGAUCAUCUACCAAUUCACCUCACAAAUUUGGCACAGCGCUAUGGAAGCAUUUAUCGCCUUAAAUGCGGAACAACAACUAUGGUAGUGCUGAACAGCAGCGAAGUCAUAAGAGAAGCACUGGUGAAGAAAUGGUGUGACUUUGCCGGGAGACCGAUCUCAUACACAGGUAAUAUUGUGUCUGGGGGAGGUUGCAACAUAUCUUUAGGUGACUAUACUGAAAAGUGGAAGGCACAACAUCGCCUUGUCCAUAGUUCUCUGCAGCGUUGCUGCAAAAAGUCUUUGCAUGAUGUCAUUGAGAGACAAGCGCUGCAUCUGUUAAAGGUUUUGAUGGGCUAUAAAGGCCGUGCUGUAGAUCUGUCAGAGGAUUUUACUGUGGCGGCCAGUAAUGUCAUCACCACUCUGGCUUUCGGAAUAGAAUAUGAUAAGAGCUCAUCGGAGCUGCAGGAGUUGCACAGAUGUCUCAAUGAGAUUGUUGCUCUGUGGGGCUCCGCUUGGAUAUCAGCCCUGGAUUCUUUCCCACUGCUUAGAAAAUUACCCAAUCCUGUUUUUGCCCAUCUUCUGAAAGAGGUGGUCAGGAGAGACGAAAUCAUAGGAAGACAUCUCAACAAUUACAAGUCACAGGACAAAAAAAAUCAGGAUGUCAUCACAGGAUCCCUCCUCCAGGGACUUGACAAUCAGAACACAGAAGACAAAGCGCUAUUAACAGAUAUUCAUGUUCACAUGGCAACAGUGGACCUUCUUAUCGGGGGAACAGAGACUACUGCGGCCUGGCUAAACUGGAUGGUGGCCUUCCUCCUGCACAGACCAGAGGUGCAGGAGUUGGUAUAUGAGGAGCUGUGCACAGUAUUGGAGGGCCGAUACCCUAAAUACAGCGACAGACACAGACUUCCUGUCCUCUGCUCUCUGAUCAGUGAGGUGCUCAGGCUCAGGCCAGUCGCCCCUUUGGCAGUACCACACAGAGCCAUCAGAGACAGCAGCAUUGCAGGUUAUUUCAUCCCUAAGAACACAGUCAUCAUUCCUAAUCUUUUUGGAGCACAUCAUGAUCCUGAAGUUUGGCCUGACCCAUACAGCUUCAAACCAGAACGCUUUCUGAAUGAAGGAGGGGGAAGCGGAGGCGGCUCCACCCGUGACCUGAUCCCUUUUGGAGGGGGGGCUCGGCUCUGCCUGGGAGAGUCUGUGGCCAAAAUGGAGCUUUUUCUGUUCAGUGCCUACUUGCUGAGAGAUUUUCAGUUCCUCCUGCCUGAGAGCGAGACCUCACUGCCUGAUCUGAGAGGAGUUGCCAGUGUUGUGCUUAAGAUCAAGUCCUAUGAUGUUGUAGCACGUCCAAGACCUGUGACUAAUCCCUGAGCUGCAGUGGGUGUAUUGCUGACUUGUUGUU